AUGCAUGUGUCGACAUAUCCCAUGAUGCACUCUGCCAGCCCGGGUCUGCUCCUCCUCAGCUUCCUCCUGCUCGCCGAUGCUGACUCACCUCCCAGGUUCACACGGACCCCGGAAGACCAGACAGGAGUCCAGGGGGGCGUGGCCUCCUUUGUGUGCCAGGCCACCGGAGAGCCACAACCCAAGAUUGUUUGGAACAAGAAAGGCAAAAAAGUCAGCAGUCAGAGAUUUGAGGUGAUUGAGUUUGACGAUGGCUCCGGCUCAGUGCUUAGGAUCCAGCCCCUGAGGACGCCCAGAGAUGAGGCUGUUUACGAAUGCCACGCCUCCAACUCUGCAGGAGAGUUAACUGCCACCACCAGGCUCAAUGUACUACGAGAGGACCAGCUGCCCGCGGGGUUCCCCACAAUAGACAUGGGUCCCCAGCUCAAAGUGGUGGAGCGCUCUCGGACCGCCACCAUGCUCUGCGCUGCCAGCGGUAACCCUGACCCAGAAAUUACCUGGUUCAAGGACUUUCUGCCCGUCAACACAUCCAACAACAAUGGGCGUAUUAAGCAGCUCCGCUCAGAAUCCUUUGGUGGCACGCCCAUACGAGGUGCACUUCAGAUCGAGAUGAGUGAGGAGUCAGACCAGGGCAAGUAUGAGUGCGUCGCCACCAACAGUGACGGCACACGCUACUCCACUCCAGCCAAUCUCUAUGUCAGAGAGCUACGAGAAGUGCGUCGUGUUCCACCCCGCUUCUCUAUUCCCCCUGCGGACAGUGAAAUCAUGCCUGGAGGAAACGUCAACAUCACCUGUGUGGCUGUAGGCUCUCCCAUGCCAUACGUCAAGUGGAUGCUCGGAGCGGAAGAUCUGACACCAGAAGAUGACAUGCCCAUUGGUCGCAACGUGCUGGAGCUCACUGACGUGCGCCAGUCCAAUAACUACACCUGUGUGGCCAUGUCCACUCUGGGGGUGAUAGAGGCUGUGGCGCAAAUAAUUGUAAAAGCGCUCCCAAAGCCUCCAGGGAUCCCUGUGGUGACAGAGCGUACAGCAACCAGCAUCACUCUGACCUGGGACUCUGGCAACCCUGAGCCAGUGUCCUAUUACAUUAUACAGCAUCGUGCCAAAGGCUCAGAGGAUCCCUAUAAAGAGAUUGAUGGAAUCGCCACGACUCGUUACAGUGUGGGAGGCCUCAGCCCUUAUUCCCACUAUGAUUUCCGGGUUGCAGCUGUGAACACCAUCGGACAGGGUCCCUCCAGUGACGUGGUAGAAGCCCGCACAGCAGAGCAAGCCCCCUCUUCUCCACCGCGACAGGUCAGAGGUCGUAUGUUGAGCACCACUACAGCCAUUAUUCACUGGGAUGAGCCAGAGGAGCCCAAUGGACAGGUUGUGGGCUACAGAGUGUACUACACCACUGACAACCUGCUGCCAGUCAAUCAGUGGGAGAAGCAGAUGGUGCGCAGUGCCAACUUCAUCACUAUCCAGAGUUUGACUCCGAACAAGACGUAUUACAUCAGGGUUCUGGCAUUCACAUCUGUGGGAGAUGGACCUUUGUCUCAGGAUCUGCAGAUUAUUGCCAAGACUGGAGUUCCCUCCCAGCCCUCGGAGUUUAAAGGUGAAGCCAAAUCUGAGACCAGUAUCCUCCUGUCUUGGGUGGCACCCCCUCAGGGAGGUCCUGACCACCAGAUCACAGGGUAUGAGCUGGUCUACCGACGAUCUGAUGAGACAGAAGAGAAGAAAGUAAGCUUUGAGCCAACCACUUCCUAUCUUCUCAAAAACCUGAAGCCUUUUUCCACCUACACUUUCCAACUGGCUGCCAAGAGCAAACAUGGAGUUGGAGCUUACACCAAUGAAGUGUCCAUAGACACUCCUCAGACGCUCCCUGCAGCACCUCCUCAGAAUAUCACAUGCACUAGCCCCAGUUCUACCAGCAUCCUGGUAAGUUGGGCGCCCCCUCCUGUGGAGUUUCAGAACGGCAUUCUAUCCGGCUACGCAAUCCAGUACUCCAACACCGAAGGCAACAAAACAUUCAAAACAGUCAAUGGAAUUUCACCAGAAAGUUCGUCAUUUCUAUUGGGAAACCUGGAGAAAUGGACUGAGUAUGGGAUAACAGUCCGAGCGCAGACAGAAGCUGGUGACGGACCUGAAAGCUUACAACUGCUUAUUCGCACUGAGGAGGAUGUUCCAAGUGGUCCUCCUCGUGGGGUGGAGGCAGAGACAGUGAACGCCUCAGCUCUUAGAGUAAAAUGGCGUGCUCCAGCUCCUGAGCGGCAACAUGGUCAGAUCAGAGGCUUCCAAGUGCACUAUGUGCAGAUGAACUAUGGAGAGCCCCAGGGCCAGCCGCUCAUCAAGGACAUCCUCACUGAAGAUACAGAGUGGGGAUCCGAUGAGUCAACUGAAUACGAAGUGGUUCUGGGAGACCUGAAGGCCGACACCUCGUACUCUGUGUCAGUGGGGGCUUACACUGCCAAGGGCGAUGGUGCACGAAGCAAACCUGUCAGCGUGUGCACUGCUUUGCCAUUGCCGGAGAUGCCCAAACUGAUGGUUAGUGCCACUGAAGCAGGCACAGCCCUCCUGCAGUGGUACCCGCCUCCAAACCCUCCCACUCCGCUGCUCGGGUAUAGACUCACUUUUGGUCGCAUUGAUGUCCUUCCAUUUACUGUGGUUGAGUUUCCAGCCAAAGAAAAUCGCUACACGGCUCAAGACAUCCACAAAGGAGCAAGCUAUGUUUUCCGCCUCUCUGCCCGUAACAAAAUGGGAUAUGGUGAGGAAGCAGUUAAGGAGGUGAGCACUCCAGAAGAUGCUCCGAGUGGAUAUCCAGAGAACAUUAUCUCCGAAGAAGCAGCUGCCACCUCUAUGCGACUUGCUUGGAAAACAGUUCCCCUCAUUGAACAAAAUGGGAAAAUCACAAAAUACUCUGUGCUGUAUAAGGAUAUAAACAGUCGAGGAAAUGCCUCUGAAGUGGUGGUGCCCUCCCCAAAGUGCAGUGUUGUUUUGGAGAGUCUUAUUCCAGACACAGUGUAUGAAGUCAGAUUGAGUGCGUUCACAGGUGUGGGCCAAGGGCCUUACAGCCCCAGUGUCCAGUUUCGGACGCAGCGGCUAGACCAAGUUUUUGCCACCAAUUUCCGAGUGAAAGCUGCCAUGAAAAACUCUGUUCUUCUUUCCUGGGAGAUCCGGGACAAAAACCCUGUCCAACCAUUCACUAUCCUGUAUGGGAAGGGCCAGUCUGUGGAAGUGGAUGGGAAGCAGACUCAGAAGUUGAUCACCGGUCUGGAGCCGGACACGCAGUACUCGUUCUUGCUCACAAACCGAGCCAACAGUGCUGGAGGCCUGCAGCACCGCGUCACCGCGACGACGGCCCCAGACCUGCUGAAGACCAAACCCACAGUGGUGGGCAAAACCAACGCAGACGGUAUGGUGACUGUGCAGCUGCCGAGCGUCCAGACCACUGCUAAAGUCAGGGGCUACUAUGUUGUGGUGGUGCCAUUGAAGAGACAGAGAGGAGGCAAGUUUCUCAAUCCAUGGGAGGAGCCAGAUCAGAUGAACUUAGAUGAGUUGCUGAAAGAGAUCAACAGAACAAGUGUGAGCCGCGCACUUCGUAUCCGCAGACAAGCGAGCCAAUCAGAUCCCAGAGCGUAUGUGUCGGCACACUUCAAGACCCUCCCCGAAGAGUUUACGUUAGGAGAUGGGCGUAACUUUGGUGACUUCCGUAACAGACCGCUGCAGAAUGGGCAGGAGUAUGUCUUCUUUGUGUUGGCGCUCCUCGAUCUCUCAGAAAAUACAAUGUUUUCUACCAGCCCGUACUCAGACCCAGUGACAUCAUCGGACGUGGAUCCUCAGCCAAUCAUAGAUGAGGAGGAGGGGCUACUGUGGGUGGUCGGACCAGUACUAGCGGUCAUCUUCAUUGUUUGCAUCGUUAUUGCAAUUUUACUUUUUAAAAGCAAACCUGACAGGAAAAGGGCUGAGGCUGAGGGCAGGAAGGCUAGUUUUCCCUGCAGCAAAGCGAUGUCAUCCCAUCAUCCCACUGAUCCCGUGGAGCUGCGAAGGAUCAACUUCCAGACUCCAGCCUACCGUGUGUCUGUGUACCGUGGUUAUCGCCGAUUGUCAAGCAUGGCGAGUCACCCUCCCGUUUCCCUCUCGGAACUGGCAGAUCACAUUGAACGCCUGAAGGCAAACGACAAUCUUAAGUUCUCACAAGAGUAUGAGUCUGUGGACCCCGGGCAGCAGUUCACAUGGGAGAACUCAAAUUUGGAGGUGAACAAACCAAAGAACCGCUACGCUAACGUCAUCGCCUACGACCACUCCAGGGUCAUACUCUCCAGCAUUGAGGGAGUCACAGGCAGCGACUACAUCAAUGCUAACUAUAUUGAUGGUUAUCGCCGUCAAAAUGCCUACAUUGCCACUCAGGGCCCCCUCCCGGAAUCCUUCGGAGACUUCUGGAGGAUGGUGUGGGAGCAGCACACAGCCAACAUUAUCAUGAUGACUAAGCUGGAAGAAAAAUCCAGGAUGCCCUCUUAUUUCUUCUCUAAGGUGAAGUGUGACCAGUACUGGCCAACGCGGGGCACAGAGACCUAUGGCCUGAUCCAGGUCACUCUGCUGGACACAGUGGAGCUGGCCACAUACUCCGUGAGGACCUUCGCUCUCUACAAGAGUGGCUCCAAUGAGAAGCGAGAGGUGCGUCAUUUCCAGUUCACAGCCUGGCCUGACCAUGGGGUGCCUGAGCACCCCACUCCCUUUUUGGCCUUUCUGCGCCGAGUCAAAGCCUGCAACCCUCCGGAUGCUGGGCCUAUGGUUGUUCAUUGCAGUGCUGGAGUGGGCCGCACCGGUUGCUUCAUUGUCAUUGACGCCAUGACGGAAAGGAUCAAGCACGAGAAGACCAUCGACAUCUACGGUCACGUGACUCUGAUGCGAUCCCAGAGGAACUACAUGGUGCAGACGGAGGAUCAGUACAUCUUCAUCCACGACGCUCUUCUGGAGGCCGUAACCUGUGGCAACACCGAGGUCCCCGCACGAAACCUCUACUCCUAUAUUCAAAGGCUGACGCAGAUCGAGCCCGGGGAGAACGUCACCGGCAUGGAGGUCGAGUUUAAGCGUUUAGCCAGUGCCAAGGCCCACACUUCCCGGUUUGUGAGUGCCAACUUGCCAUGCAACAAAUUUAAGAACCGCCUGGUCAAUAUUAUGCCCUAUGAGACCACACGCGUUUGUCUGCAGCCAAUCAGAGGGGUCGAAGGGUCUGACUAUAUAAAUGCCAGCUUUAUUGAUGGAUACAGGCAACAAAAGGCCUACAUAGCAACUCAAGGCCCAUUGGCAGAGACCACAGAGGACUACUGGAGGAUGCUGUGGGAACACAACUCAACCAUUGUCGUCAUGCUCACUAAACUAAGGGAAAUGGGACGGGAAAAGUGUCAUCAGUACUGGCCCGCAGAGCGCUCGGCCCGGUACCAGUACUUUGUGGUGGAUCCCAUGGCAGAGUACAACAUGCCCCAGUACAUCCUCCGAGAGUUCAAGGUCACAGACGCCAGGGACGGCCAAUCACGGACAGUCCGUCAGUUCCAGUUCACUGAUUGGCCGGAGCAAGGAGUGCCAAAGUCAGGGGAGGGUUUUAUCGAUUUCAUUGGACAGGUGCAUAAAACUAAGGAGCAGUUUGGUCAAGAUGGCCCUAUAACGGUACACUGCAGUGCGGGGGUUGGGAGGACGGGCGUUUUCAUCACUCUUAGCAUAGUGCUGGAGAGGAUGAGGUACGAAGGAGUGGUGGACAUCUUCCAGACCGUGAAGAUGCUGCGCACUCAAAGACCAGCCACCGUCCAGACAGAGGACCAGUACCAGUUCUGCUACAGGGCCAGUCUGGAGUACCUGGGGAGCUUUGAUCACUAUGCAACAUAAAACCAGUGGCUGUCUCUUAUCACAUCCCCACCUAGUGCACUUCUCCAAGGUCACACCUGCUUCAAGUAACUGCACUAGGCCGUGAUGUGUCUUUGAAGAUAUCGCCACCACAUGCAGAGUGAAGAAGGGACCAUCGGCCUCUCCCGUACCCAGAAACAGCACUUCUAACUGAGCCAUAGCAACUUAAAUGACGACAAGGGUGCAGUCCUACGCACCCUCUGCCCAAACACACACUCCCUCAUUCGUCAGCCUGGAGAAGAAACUUCAAACACUGUAACAAUCAAAAAUGCUUGAUCAAAUCUGAUAUUUGUGAGCACCGAGAUUGCUUUACAUUGUUUUGGGAGUGGGACUCUCACCUUGUUCAACACCAGUGUAGCAUCACUAACCCUACAACAGAAGCCAAGAGAGUGUUUGGCUGUCACAGGGGACGGAGAAUGACCAGGAAUCCAGCUUCAUGGAGGCCUCGUGGACUGAGAGAACUGGGACUUUUGAGCCCCAGAGUUUUGCCAACCGGAGCCUGAACACAGAGCACACAGUAUUAAAGACACCAAUAGUGUUUUUCCUGUUUGGAGACAGACUUUUGUUUCCUGUGAAUGAAAAAGAAGAUAUAUGUAUUUCUACCAUACAAUAAUAAAAGACACCAGUUCAACCUUAUGCUUCACUAUUAGAUAAGGGAAAUCUGAAAGAGGUUUAAAACGUAUACCACAGAGUAAAGCAUUAAUUUAGUUUUUUAGACAAUAAUAUAGAGAUGUGAUUAUCUUGUUUUUUUAACUGGGUAUUAUUCAUGGCAUGUUCCUCCUUUUUAGCUGAUUUGGGGGCUUUUGUACAAGACUUUGUCCUCACUGACUAUAACCAGACAAGAUCAUGUUUUGUUUUUGUUUUUUUGUUUUUAUUUCUUCUAACGUAAUCAAAUGAGCUGUAGCGACCUUUUCGUGUGAUAAGGUAUUGUUCUAAAAGUGUACAAUCAAAUGUAAUGUGUGGAAAGUGUUCACAGAUCUAUGGAAACAGCACACUUAAGUGUCACUCUUUGUACCCUCCACCUCUCACAAACAAGCUGGCAAGCACGGUACGAUGUGAGCCUGUGAUGUCCACGCCAGAUCUAUGGUAAUGAUUCGGUGUCAGGAGAAAGACUAAUGAAAUAGAGCAGAGCACGACUGCAAUGAUUAUAGUGAUAAUACAAAUAUGUGUCCAAAUAUGUUUGACAAAGAUUUAUUAAGCAAGAAAUUAGUUUAAAGGACCCAUAUUACACUAUUUUCUGCUAUAUGCUGUAAUGUUGUUUUCUCAUUACAAACAAACCUGAAGUUGAGUUUUGUUUCGUUCACACAUAUUUAACAUUUUCUCUCAAACUGAUAAUAGGUAAAAGUACCACUACAUGACAUCACAAGGUGGAACAGAGUGUUUUGCGCUUUGGAGAUGUAAACAGACUUAAUAAUAAAGGAUUACUCAAACAUGUGAAUGAAACAAAACACAACCCCAGCUCUGUUUUAGAGGCGGUAACAUUAUAACAUGGAUUAAAGGUCACAAGAGUCAGUUUUGUGUACUAUGGGACCUUUAAAAUGUUUAAGGGGUUUUGAACAAAAUCUCACUGGAAUGCUCACUUUUUGACCUGUCUCUUUCUGUGUGCAAUAAGUAGAUGUAUUAUAUAUUUUUGUGUCAAUUCACUAGCUGCAGUUACACGCCAUUACCAGUAGGACAUCUACAAUGUUGUGUCUUUUUUCCAGACACGAGGAUGUUUUCAUUUAGUCACAGUUCAAAUAUAAUGAGAGUUUAUCAGUAAUUGGUAAUGAUGUCAUCCUUUUACUCGUCAUAGCAACCAACGAAUGCUCAUUCUUCAGCUGCAUCCAAUAAUUAUUUUGAUUUUAGAUUUCUAGUGCCUUAUAUUACACGCCUAUUUUGAUAACAUUACUUUAAAGUUCUGUUUGUGUACUUUAUGUAUGCCAGUGUGUAUGUUUAUGACUGAAUGUCUGGUGUAUUGUUUAUUGUUAUGUUUUAAUAUGUGAAAGUACAUUGUCUAUUCUGUUUUUGGGCUGUGAAUUAAUAUGGAAGGCUCUUUGUAGCCUAAAUAGUUUAACAUUUGAAUAUAACGUGAAGGUCAUCUCAAUGCCAUCAGCUACAAGUAUUCUACAGUUAAAGGUUUUGCAUCGACCGGAUGUCGUUGCCAUUACAAAAUUAUCUUGACGCUGCACAUGUUUGUUGUAUUUAUUCUUUCUUGAAAACGUAUUGUUGUCCACACUUGGCAUUGACUGUGAGCUGGCUCAGAAAAGUCUUAUUAAAGCAGCUAUGUAGAUCUGGAGCUAUGAAACAGUGGUUAAUCGUUAUAUGAAGAGGAAAUACAUUUGUCUAUCAUGCAAAAAUAUCAUGAAACCUUGUAUACAUUUAGUUCAUUUUUGAGAGAAGUUCAGGUGCUAUGUCUCCUCAUCACCACAUCCAUAAACACUGACUCUUUCUGUUGACAUCGUUUGAAUGCAUGGUUUCACUUUUGAGAUUUCCAAUUUGGUCGCACCUGUUACAGGAAGACUUGCACUUUCUCUCUUUAUACUAUGCACUAUAUUAGCAUCUUAUUUUGCCCCCAAAGGAGUUUUACUUGAACUCAGUACAGUUGGACCCUGAUUUGCUCAAGGUUGUGUAUAUGUAAAUACCACACAGAGAGUAAGUGAAAUGCAUAAUUAAAUAAUAUAAUAUAAAUACCUGAACAUAUGAAUGAUUAAAUAAUAAAACAUUAAAUAUAUAAGGAAUAGAGUGAUAUAAUAAAAACGAUGCACCUGAUGCACAGUUUAUGACACAGUUAAGUGCAAUACACAGCGUGGAUUUGUCACACCACAAAAUGUCUCACAACAAAAGUGUUCUAUUUACCCCCAAUGUAUUAUGUGGAUGGAUAAAACUGGAGUUUUGAAAAUGUAUAAAAAUAUAUAUAAAAAAUACAGUGUUAUUUGGAUCGGUUACCUCCAAUUGGUCUGUUAUUGUCAAUUUUUUGUUGUUUUCUGCUUUGAGUCAACAAGUGCUUUUUUAUUUUUUCUUAUAUUGUUCUCAGAGCGUGUGGGAAACAAACAACGGGUCUGUAUGGACUUCUGUUCUUGUCGACACAAGUUUCAUUUGUUACAAAUAAACUCAAGUGAAA